AUGGAUGGCGGUCAUCAAGUGACAAUCAGUAAAAGCUUGUUGGACAGGCAACAAGGUCAAACAAGUACUACCGAUACCACCACUACCUCCUCUAUCCUCACGCCAUCAGCAUCUAUUGUUAACAGUAACCGCGAUCUAUCUUACGUUUCGUAUUUCACCUCCAAUUAUCGUCAAACAGGCUUUGAAGCCUAUAACAACUUAGAUCUAAGUGUAGGAAAUUCAAACAUGAGUACAUUUCAAUCGCAAGAAGGAGAAGACCGGAAUCGGGGACAGAACUCUGAGGAAACGUUUGGUAGCAAUGUUAUUGACCGUCGCACCAAUGGCAUCAUAUAUUCUCGUAGGCCCGGUGAGGUCACGGAGAUUAGCGUCAGCGAAACUUUUGAUUUCUCGCAGCAUCAUUUCUCCCACCCACUUAACUCAUCUUCGUUUAAUCAACCACACCGAGAUUAUUCUACAAUUUCCACCACUAAUUCUACCGCCAACGGCAAAAGUUCGAUUGAUCCAAUUACCCGGCCUGUCAAAUUUCAAGAUAGGCGAAAAAAUAACGAUGAUUGGCGUAAUGCCACGACUACAGGUGCAGGAGAACGCGUAAACAGAAAAUCAGCACACAUUCAAAAUCAACCAUUGUCUUUUCGACCUCCUCCACCACCUCCGAUUACUAUUACUGAUAGCCAAAGUAUGGUAAGAAAGCGACCAUUAUCUCCAAUGUUAUCAGUCGAAUCAUUUAAUCAACAAAAUAAUCGGCAACGAAUGUCAAAUACUCCUCCUUUCCCACAGGACAAUUAUAAUACAAAUAGACAAUUUUCCCCUUUUCUACCACAUGAAAAAGACUAUGGGUACACAAAUGCACAAACACGACGGCGAAAUUCAAUAUCGUCACAAUUGGUGCCUACUAGAAAAAGAUUGACACCUAAACCCUUAAGCGUAUCACGCACCACUUCUCUGCCAAGACAUUCCAAAUCACUACCUAAACGCACUAGUUCACCUGUAAAACAAAAAUUUCUAAAAGAAUUUUAUACCAUAGAUUUUAUACACUCAAAUUUUGAUACAAGAUCUGUCUUAGAGAAGCAAGAAAAUGCAGAAUGGCUAAAAAAUCCAAAAAGUUAUCUCAGCAAUCGCACGUAUUUUUCUUCAAGAUUUCAAACAGUUGCUGACCAAUUCUUUCGAGCAACAGUUACGUUAGAAUUAGAAGAAAAAACAUAUAUUGGUCAGGGGGAUUCUACUAAAAAAAAGGAAGCAGAAAAAAUAGCUGUACUCCAUUUAUUGUAUCAACUUGAAGCGCAAGCUAUGUUGAGUAAAUUAAAAAGUUCCCAAGAUGGUCUUGAUUCUGAAUCUAAGACGCAUGUAUUUGAAUAUUGUGCAAGAUUCGAUCAUGUUCCUUACUUUAAACUCGUUUCAAAUGGUCGUUUUGAUUGGCGUGCAGAAGUGGAUCUCCCUUCUCAGGAAAUUGUUGGUCGAGGACGUGGAAGAACAAAGAAAGAGGCAGAGCUUAGGGCUUCACAAGAUUUCAAGAGACAAGCUGAAGAAUACCAAGCACGGCAUGGAGGGGAACCUCUCUCAAAAACAGAAGGAAAAACUAUGAACGAGGAAACAUCUAAAGAUUUUAUUCGUUAUUAUACUAAAUAUUUUAAAUUCAAAAGCCCCGAAUUUAAAUAUCAAGCAGUUGGGCCAAAUAGAAGUACGAUAUGGGAUGUUUCAAUUAUAGUUGAAAAUUCCGUUAUAGGGAGUGCUCAGCGACCAUCUAAACGUGAUGCACAAAUAGCUGCCUUUCUGGAUGCUGCUAUUGGCUUGCGAAAAGAAUCACCUCAACUAUGGGAAAAAUUCGAAAAAACCAGAAGCAAAGAUGGAGGUCAAAGAUCAUUGCCUUUAGUUCCUUUAAAUAUGGGGGAGGGAACGCAUCGUAUUCUUCGGAAUCUUGUUUAUGAUAUACGAGAUGCACCAAUGUUUUCCGAGCCUAAUUCGCUAAAUGAAAUUGAAUCAAGUUGGAAGAAACCAAUUACUACGUCUCAAAAUAAAAAAACAGCAACAAAAGCAAAGAAAGCAAGGCACGAAACUCCUGAGAAAGCAAAAAUUCUUAACGCAAAAUCCGAACAACUUUAUGCUUCUUUUCAGAAAUAUUUAACUUCGAAUGAGACUAAGAAGAUGCGUGCUAUUCGACAUAAUCUUCCAAUUACACAAUAUGCCGAGACAAUAAUGAAAGUUAUGGAAGAGAAUCCUAUAAUGGUAAUUGUAGGAACAACCGGCUGUGGUAAGACCACUCAAUUGCCACAACUUAUUCUCGAAGAAGCAACAAGGAAAAAAAAUGGAGCACGUUGUAAUAUCAUUGUUACGCAACCCCGUAGAAUUGCUGCUAUUUCUGUUGCUCAACGUGUUGCUGUUGAGAGAUCAGAAAAAUUAGGAGUCACAGUGGGAUAUCAAGUUCGUUUUGAAAGUGUAAUGCCAUCUACCUCUGGAAGCAUUCUAUACUGUACUACCGGUCUUUUCCUGCGUCGUCUCCAUGAUGAACAGAGUAACAAAGACCCCCUCGAGGGCAUAACUCAUAUCGUCAUAGACGAAGUACACGAGAGGGACAUGAACACUGACUUUUUAUUAGUGAUUCUAAAACGUCUUCUUGACGAAAGGCGACGUAGUAAUCAGCCUCCGAUUAAGUUGAUUCUCAUGAGUGCAACAAUUGAUACGGGAAUAUUUGCAGAAUACUUUGGCAAUUUCUUUCCGAAUGGUAAAUGUCCAGUUAUUGAAGUACCCGGUAAAAUUUAUCCUGUUGAAAAAUUUUAUCUGGAUGAUAUAAUAACACAGUUACAGACAUCAUAUCAACCAUCGGAAACACCUCAAUUCAAUACAAAAGACGUUAAAAAAUAUAUUGAUCGUGAGAUGAACCUUGUAAUUCAACCAAAAUCUUCAGAGAUGGAAACCAAUAAUCAGAAUGGUGAAGCAGAAGAAAAUGACAAUGCAUCUGUGGAAACAUCGUCAUCUGAAACAAUUAUUGAUUGGAGCAAACCAACAAAACAACAGAAAGACGAUGAAUUGGCCGAUGCUGAAAUUCCAUACGAUCUAAUGGGAUUAAUACUUGCACAUAUCGCCAAGACAGGCAAAGAGGGUUCCAUUUUAGUUUUUUUACCUGGAUGGGAGGAAAUAACUGCCCUAAAUAAACUUUUGACUUCUCGUACACUACUAGGUGUUAAUUUUAAUGAUCAGAGUAAAUUUACAAUACACAUGCUCCAUUCUUCUCUUCCAUCAAUAUCACAAAAACAAGUUUUUGACCCAUUGCCUAAUCCAGGUAUGCGAAAAAUCAUUCUAGCGACAAAUAUUGCCGAAACUUCAAUUACCAUUCCAGAUAUUGUGUUUGUUAUUGAUUCGGGAAAACUUAAAGAAAAACGAUACGAUCAAUCAAAACGAAUGACUGCUCUAAUUACUACUUGGAUCAGUCAAUCAAAUGCACGUCAAAGAGCCGGCAGGGCUGGACGUAUGCGUGAAGGCGUCUAUUACUCUAUGAUGUCAAAAAAACGUUAUCAAUGCAUAGAAGGCUUUUCAACGCCGGAAUUAUUGCGCUCAGACCUGCAAGAAAUAUGCCUGCAAAUUAAGGCACUUGAUCUCCCAACAACGAUUGCUGAUGUACUCGCCGAGGCAAUUGAACCUCCGGACCAUGUUAGUGUGACUGCUGCUCUUGAUAGUCUAAAAACAUUACAAGCUCUGGAUAACGCUGAGGAGUUAACACCACUUGGAAGGGUUCUGGUUACAUUACCAGUAGAACCCGCUUUAGGAAAGAUGGUUUUAUUAGGUACAAUCUUUCAAUGUUUAGAUCCAAUUCUUACUAUUGCGGCAUCCAUGGGCUCCAAAAGCCCAUUCUUCUCUCCACCUGGUCUAAAACAACAAUCAGAUGCGAUUAAAAUGUAUUGGGCACGAGGACAAUCAAGUGAUCAUUUCGCAGUUUUGAAUGCUUAUAAGGCUUGGUACGAGAUUCAUUCAGCUGGCAAAGUGUCCGAAACUUUCAAGUUUUGUUCUGAUAAUUUUCUUAGCCGAAAUGGAUUACAAAAUAUUGAAAGGAUUAAAACUCAACUGUUGAAUCUUUUAGAACGUAGUGGAGUUGUUCCCCGAUCAAAUCAAUACGGACAAAAUAAACGAAGAGCAGGAUUAACAAUCGGUCCAGCGGAAUGUAACAUGAACGCGAAUUGCGUUCCUUUACUUCGUGCUAUAAUUUGUGCUGGUGUCUAUCCCAACAUUUCUGUUCAGAUCACAAAAAGAAAACUUGGCACCCGUGAUGAAAAUACCACAAUGCAUCCUUCUUCUGUAAACAGUCCGAAUCGUCACGAAAAAGGUGGGGAUAAGGGGAAAGAUAAACAAGGCGAAUCAAAUUCCGCCGUCUCUGGUACACUAUACGCAUACUCUGAAAAAGUAAAAUCGACCAACUCUCAAAUAUUUCUUCGAGAUAUCACCCGCGUUGACCCAUUAUCUGUGAUUUUAUUCGGCGGUAAAAGUGUAUUAGUCUGUAAUGACCGAUCCGCUCAAAUAAUAAUUGAAGAGUGGCUGAAAUUCGAUGGACAUGAACGCGUUUUGAGCCAUACAGCAACACUAAAAUCAAUGUUGGAUCGUUGUCUGACUAAUGUCUAUCAACGAUUAGAGAAUCAAAAUUGGACCAAAAACAAAAGGAGAAAUAGCUUUAAUGAUCCUUAUUUUAUGUAUGAUGAUCGAUAUAAGAAUGAUCCUUACUCUGCAUAUUAUAAUUACGACGACGACGAAAAAGUAAAGUAUUUUCUUGUCAAUGGAAUUGCUGACAUUUUGAUUAGUUUGAAUCAAGAUAUGAAAGAGCAGCAAAAAGACCAGCAAAAAGAAAAGCAUCGAUCAAGACAAUAA